AAGACGCCCUUAGCAACAGCACACAGCUCAGAAUAAGAUACUCUCGCCACGCUCCAGAGAGAUUUAACAGCACAGACUUCGGCUGAAGCUUUACGCGAAGAGGACUCUCCGCUUGUUUCCUGUUGCGGACAUGGAGCUUACGUGCGGCUCUUGCUCGCCCGAUCAUCUGGCUAGCUUCCGCUGAGGAAGAGUGAAGCAGCUCCGAGCUGUCCCGAAACAGGACGAAUCUCUGGGGGGCUCAGCGAGUGACAGCAUCGCUGUUUGCUAACUACCGAGUCAGCUAACCGGGACGGGAAUGGUGCUCUGGACAGACCCAUUGUCCUGUCAGAGAAAGGCGAGGGGUACGAGGGCCAAGACAGCCAGCUGUGAUAUUCGGACUCAAGCUGUUUUCAACGGAGGGAGCGGCUUCGGUCCGGACGGGUGUUUUUGUGGCUGCUUUGAGAGCUAGCUGGGCUGGCUAGCUGCGGGUAACGACCCCCACUGCCUGUUGAAGUCUUUCCAGACUGCAGGCGAGGCUAAUGUUAGCCAGAAGUAUAAAUACAGCAAUCUGUGGUUUUAAUAAAGCCGGGAAUCACUGUUAAAUCCCGAAUAAAGAGAAAGAGUAAACCCCCACAAAGAAAAACAAAAACAACCCUCAAAUUUAAGCUAAAACUAAAGCGGGGAGUGUUUCAAACACACAAAAAGACUUUUAAACAAAGUUUUUAGAUGCUAUUAGCUGAGUUUGCUAGGUGAAAACGGCGUGGACGCUUUUCUUUUUUUUUUUAUCAGUUUUUUUGUCUCUUUGGAUGCUGGGAUCACGUUUUAAUAGCAAAUAUGAUGAUAAUAAGCAGAAAACCAGAAGCCCCGAUAGCAACAGCGCGCCAUGGUGACGGCCUGUACGACUCCUACAUGAGAACAGACCACAUUCUGAAAGACGAAGCAGACGCAAACAGCCCUUCUGGACUGCCCCCGAUGCCCAAGCACACAGUUGUCGGUAACAAGGUUGUAAUGAGGGAUCAAAUGAGUGUGCGAGGUGGCCAGCUGAAGGUCAAGUACCUGUAUGAAGACUCAACCAAUAACCGGAAAAUCAACGCUAUAACCACAGCUGUCAUUCAGAACACUGGGAGCACUGGGCAGACGCCCUCCAAAACCACCGUCUCCAGCCUGUCCAAGGAACACAGCGCGGACAGCUCUGACUCCAGUAAGGGCUCCAGUGAAACGUCUGGCUCACAAGGAGCUGGAAACGGCAGCAAACUCUGCAACACCCUCAAUCCCGAGCAGGCUCUGAGACUCUACCGGUCCCAGCUGACCACCCUGGAGCACACAGAGAUCCAGACAUACCCAGAUAUCUACUUCGUGGGACCCAACGCGAGGAAAAGGCCCGUCGUUCCCGGUGGAAACAACAACUGUGGCUACGACGACGAGCAGGGUGGCUACAUCCAUGUUCCUCAUGACCACCUGGCGUAUCGAUAUGAGUUCCUGAAGAUCAUCGGUAAGGGUAGCUUUGGACAAGUGGCUAAAGUCUACGACCACAAGCUGCAGCAGCACCUGGCUCUCAAAAUGGUGCGCAACGAGAAGCGCUUCCACCGGCAAGCGCAGGAGGAGAUCCGCAUCCUGGAGCACCUGCGCAAGCAGGACCGCAACGGCGCCAUGAACGUGGUGCACAUGCUGGAGAACUUUACCUUCCGCAACCACAUCUGCAUGACCUUCGAGCUGCUCAGCAUGAACCUGUACGAGCUCAUCAAGCGCAACAAGUUCCAAGGCUUCAGCUUGCCCCUGGUCAGGAAGUUUGCGCACUCCAUCCUGCAGUGUCUCGAGGCGCUGAACCGGCACAGGAUCAUCCACUGUGACCUGAAGCCUGAGAACAUCCUGCUCAAACAGCAGGGCCGCAGCGGCAUCAAGGUGAUUGACUUUGGCUCCAGCUGCUUUGAGCACCAGCGAGUCUACACCUAUAUUCAGUCCCGCUUCUACCGGGCUCCGGAGGUGAUCCUCGGCUCGCGCUACGGCCUUCCCAUCGACAUGUGGAGCUUCGGCUGCAUCCUGGCCGAGCUGCUGACGGGCUACCCGCUGUUUCCCGGGGAGGACGAGGGUGACCAGCUGGCCUGCGUCAUGGAGCUGCUCGGCAUGCCCCCACAAAAGAUCCUGGAGCAGGCCAAGAGAGCGAAGAACUUCAUCAAUUCCAAGGGUCAGCCUCGCUACUGCGGGGUCAGCACCCUUCCGACCGGUGCCACCGUGCUAACAGGGGCGCGCUCGCGCCGCGGCAAGAUGAGAGGCCCGCCGGGCAGCAAGGAUUGGAGCGUCGCGCUCAAAGGCUGCGAGGAUCCCACCUUUACUGACUUCUUAAAGAAGUGUUUGGACUGGGACCCCUCUUCCCGCCUCACGCCUAGCCAGGCCCUUAGACACCCCUGGCUGUACCGCCGGCUUCCCAAGCCCCUCCCCGGGACAGAGAAGAGCCAAGGGGCGCCUGUGAAACGGCUCCCCGAGCACCACAGCACCUCUUUCCCCUCCAUCAUGACGAAGGGCGGACAGGGCCUAGGCACAACGGCUCCCGGUAACAAACUCAAGAGCAACAUAAUUGGAGAUUCAGGGGAGACCAUCCCUCUUCGCACAGUCCUACCUAAACUUGUCUCCUAAUAAAAAAAAAAAGUGAGAAUCCUCUGAUCUCCGCUCGUUCCACCGACUCCUCAGGAGGAGUCCCACACGAAGGACGUGGUUUUAAAACUUGUUUGGUUGUUCUUCUAUUUGUUUUUUCUACUGAGGUGUCGACACCCAGUUUCUGGUUUUAAUAUUAGCAAAACAAAGAAAGAGAAAUCAUGACAACAAACGAACAAAAAAAUAAUAAUACUAUCACAUAGAGGUUUUUAUACAGAGGAUUUCCUUUAAUGGCUGUGAAUUUUUCAGUUUACAGCCUGUUGAUUUUUAGAUGAUGCUUUUUGGGGAAAAAAGAAAUCUUCCUUGUGAGUGGACAGCUUUUUAUUUGUUAAAGAGAAGAUGUUUUUAAACCUCUGCUUGAUCUCUUAUGAGUGUUGUAGCAAAAACGCACUCGAGCACACCUGCACUGUCACUUGGCUCACUUCACACAGGACACCGCCAUUUUGAAUUCUCUCUUUACACGUGCAAAACUUGAAAAGGGCUAUAGAGAUUACUCCUAACAGGUUAGAGCUAGCUGGGCAGGAGGUGCAUGCUAGGCCAACGGAAGUUGAUGGGAAAGAGAAAUGUGACACAAAUGUGAAUUUAUGCUCACGACGAUUUUAAAGAGGCAAAACAGGACUGGCUUUAUUUGUGGAGAACAAUUACAAAUUGCAGUUCCUUGUAAAAUAUUCACACUGCCUUGACAUUUUUUCACAUUUUGUCAUAUUGCAACCUCCAAACCUUCAAGCUGGGGAUGUUUUUAGCACAGCGGGUUCCUCCCUGACUUGUCUGGUUUGGUCCUUGGUCUUCAUGAUGCUGUUUGUUCAGUGACGCUCUCUGGAAAACUUCUUUUGAAGUCACAGAACAGACGCAUUUCUCGGAUUUUUAAUGCAAAAUAAUGGAAACCCAGUCAAAAUGAUCAAACAACCCGACUGCAUCCUUCAAAAGAUUUUUUCGAGAGUCUUCAAUAAUCAAUUAGUGUUCCGACACCGUAAUGCUGCCACUACCAUGUUUUACAGCAUUAAUAAACAGGAACGGGGGCAAUAGGACAACUCCAACUGUGUCGCCAUCACAAUCUGUGCUGUGCUGGUUUACCAAGGCAAACAUUCUGCAUAACCUUGUCAAUAUAGUGAGGGCAAUUGUGGUGCAGAUAAAUAAACUUGGGGCAAAUUUUAAGAAUUUUUGAGAAUUUGUGUUACUUUAAUAAAUUGGGUUUCCAUUAUUCUUCACUGGCCUGUAAAGUGAAGCGUUCCCACACCAUGAUGCUUCCACUACCUUCUUUCACCGUAGAGGUGGUGGGUUAGAUUUACUCCAGCAAGCCAAUUUAUCCAUUAGAUGAUUUCUGAACGUGAUUGACUGUAUUGGAUGCAAUGGGCUUUAUUUAUUGGGCUGAAUCCAAAUGCAAGCUACAAUUCAGAUUUUUUUGUGUUGAAGACCAUGUACCAUUUUGAGUUUGUGGUUGUAACGUGUCAAAGUGUUAAAAAAAAUGUUCAAAACAUAUGAAUAGUUUUCCAAGGCACCUUUCUUCCUGCAUUUCCUUUUGCCUUAAGGACACCAGCCUGCUGUUCGACGUUGAUGUGUGUGUGCUUUAGCCGCGAGGAGUUACAGUGGGAAACAUCGAGGGGAAGGGCAAGGGGUAACCUAUUUACAGCUUCUCCUAGUUUCACCACACUGGUGGGGGAAAAAAAAGAAAAAACAAAGAGGAGAGGGUGGAAAGGACAGUAGCACCACUCGCCGUCACGAAGGCGUCACCGUCAUACUCGGCACUUUGCAACUGGUUUUACGAGAGGCCGCCUCGCAUCACCUGGUAAAUAUAUAGAGAGAGAACCAGGGUAGUGCACACAAAAGCAUGCAGGGCGGUUGUUAUGAAACACGCGCUCCGUCUUGUGAUAGGCCGCUGUAAUUGUUGGUGGGAGAUAUUGUGAGGUAGCAUGAAGAGCAAAAUAUUUUAAAAUGAGCCCAGAUGUAAAAGAUGGCGAUAAAAGUAGGAUUACUAUGGUACUGAAGAUCGAUGUGUUUCUCAGGGAGACAUGCUUGAUGCAUCCUUUUCAUUCACUGUACUCCUCACUCAGUCAUUCACCGCGGCAGCAGCUGAACAACGCAUGCAGAUCUGUCCGCAGAGAGCGAGAGACUUCAUUUCUGAUUUUUUUUCUUUUUUCCAAACGGGAGGGCGGGUUGUGUGCAUGCGCUUCAAUCUGACCUAGAUUCAUCCCCCUCUCUUCACCCACCAACUAUCUCCUCUCUUCUCUGUCUGGUGUAGAGCGGGGAACCUCUCUGACGCACAGAUAGUGAAACGUGGUGCUGUCCGAACACUGAAACCCGCCAGGUGCAUGUUGAUUAUGGACCACACCGUUUAAAGACUCUCAGCCCUCGUUUUCUAAGCGACUCUGUCAGGGAUUUGUACUACUCCUCCGUUUUUUAUAUAUAUAUAUAGAGAAGUGGUUUCUAAUUGCUUUUCACAUGAGAUUAUCAAGAAGAUGUAAAACCUGAAAGUGGAGAAAGAGAAAGUUGGGCACUGACAUGUUGUGCUAGAGGUGUGCGGGUUAGUCGGCCGGGUGUUUGGUGUUCAGGAUGAAAUCACAACCUGUUAUCAAGACGGAGCGACUGACAUGAAAAAGAGAAAUGUACAGUAACCAAAUGAAGUUGUGAUAGUUUCUUUUUCUACAAAAAAUAAUAAAACUUACUGUUAAGUGAAA